UAUAUACAGUUUGGCGCGCUUUUCUUGGUCAUUACUUACUUUAGACCUUUCGCUUGUAAACAAACAAAUUUUAUUUUAACAAUUUUUUAAACAAAUUUUGUAUUAAUGUGAUAAUGAGCUGUAGAAAUUGACUAGUGGAAUAAUAAAACUGUUUAAUUGAACGGCAACCAACAAAUGCAAAAGAAAAACCUAUUGGCAAUGGAGUCCAUUUGCUCCUUCUUGGAGCCGCUGUUUCCUUGUCGAGAGGCAGCUAUUGCCACACUUGGAGAGCUGAUUGGAGACUCCAGUGAGGCUUAUCCGUCGGCCAUUCACCUUUUUGGACACAGUGGGACUGGUAAGACUGCUCUAACCAGAGCAUUCCUCAAGGAAUGUGCAAAGAGGCAGAGAGUAAGGACAGCCCAUUUAAAUGCCAUAGAGUGCUACACCACCAAGAUCAUGUUGGAGAUCCUGCUAGACUCCCUGGCGACGGAACAGGGGGACUCCCUGAAGGUGGAUAAUAUGCUAGAUUUCGUGGAGCAACUGCGUCGCUGGCACUUGGUUUCAGGUGACAAGCCUCAAGGCUUUCUUAUCGCCGUUGACAAUGCCGAACGUUUGCGAGAUAUGGAUGCCAACGUGUUGCCUGUUCUCCUCAAGCUGCAGCAGCUCACUUGCCUCAAUGUGUGCGUCAUCCUCCUGUCUCAACUUCCCUUCGAAAAGUUUUACAACAAAACCGGCCUGAGCGAAGUCAUCAGUGUGCACUUGGCUCAGUACAAUAAGACAGAAACGCAACGCAUCCUGGGAUCUGACUUUGUCCAGGUGCGCAAUCAAAUUCUAGAGCAGUUCGCGCAGGAUAAUAAGCGCCUUGGGAUUUGUAAGGAAUCCGUGACAGAAGAGUUCUACAACAACUACCUCAAUCUCUUUCUAAGCGUGUUCUACAAGGCUUGUCGGGAUGUUCCAGAGCUCCAGUUGACGGCUAGGAAAUGCCUCUCCAUUUACCUAGAACCCGUACUUGAUGGCACUGUAGAGUCCACUGACAUCUCUCGUCUGUGGCGUCAUAUAGCAGGCCCUUUGCGUUCCGCUCUUACCCAGAUCUAUAUGCGAAUAGAGAAACCCCCAGAGGAGACUGAAGAUUUCGUCGCCAUAGAGGAUCAGAGUGUUCGCAAGUUGGCGCAAUCGCUGGAGCUUCCCUAUUAUGCCAAAUAUCUGCUGAUUGCCGCCUUUUUAGCUAGCCACAAUGCUGCCAAUCAGGACAAGCGUUUAUUCGUCAAGCACCAUGGCAAGCAGCGCAAGCGCAUGCAAACAGUCAACGCCAGAGCCAAGACCACUGAGAAAAUGUCCACUACAUUGGGACCCAAAUCCUUUACCAUCGACCGUUUGUUAGCUAUUUUCUACGCCAUUCUCGAGGAGAAAGUGGGCCUGACCUGCAACCUUCUAUCACAGAUCUCAACGUUAGUGCACCUCAAGCUGCUUAGUUUUGUCUCCGGCGAACAGAAUAUCAUGGACGGCUCGGCUCGGCUGCAGUGCACCAUUGGCCUGGAAUUUGUUCUGCAGAUUGGAAAGGUGGUUGGCUUCAAUGUCCGCCAAUAUCUCUGCGACUUUAUGUAGCCUGUUUGUUUUUAGUUUUUAAAUAUAUUUAAUAAAUAGUCCGGUACAUCGCUUAUGUGUAUGGCUUCCGCCAGUCUGGUGUCCCGGCUGCGCAACUGCA